CUGGUCAAUAAGCUUUGCCUUCAUUCUCUACAGUUUCAUCGUGCUGCUUCCAUAGAUUCAGGAUGGAUUGGGAAGGGCAAAAGGCAGCGGAGCAACUGAUGCAGAUACUGCUGGUGUCGUCUGCACUUGUGGCACUGUUCGUAGGCUAUGCGUUGGGUUCUUUUCAGACCAUGAUUCUCAUCUAUGGCGGCGGCGUUGUGGUCACAUCUCUGAUCACUGUUCCAAACUGGCCCUUCUUCAACCGUCACCCUCUCAACUGGCUGGAUCCUCUUGAAGCCGAAAAGCACCCCAAACCACAGGUUGCCUCUACCAACUCUUCUUCUAAAAAGAAAUCAUCCAAGAAGUAGCAAGUAGAUGAAUUGAAGAAAGAUAUGUUUGGAUUACCAGACAUAUCUUCGAACUGAAUUCAGAUAGAAGAAAGAAGCAUUUUUUUUGGGUUUAAGUUUGACCUUGGACUUCAUGGAUUUGUUCUUGUUGCUUACUUUUACUAAUAUACUACUUGCCAAAAUUCUAUUACCAUAAUCUUUCCCUCUAUUUUUCUUGUCCUUCAUCUUAUCUUUUUAUAGGGAUCCUAGUAUCAGA